AUGCGUGGAAGAAUUACUGUGGAUCCAGACUCAAUGGAACGUAGACUUGCAAAGUUGAUCUCCACGCCUCUUUUUUCCCCCCAAGAUGUGGUGCAAUUUAAUCGUGGUUUCAAUAUGGUUUGUUUUUUGGGGCUCUCAGCUGUAGAUGAUUUUGCUUUGUUCUUCCUGGCUCAUAGAGAUCGUUUGCGCAUUUUUCGUUUGAGUUUUGUUAUGUCGUCUGGGACAAACUGUGUGUUCUAUGGCUUGGUCUGCUGUAGGUCUGUUCAGGCUCCUGUGCAACAGCCUUGGUUGGCUUUGGUAGUGGUUUGAGCCUCCAGGGGAGCCUUUGUUUUUGUGGUGGCUGCUCAUAUUCUUGGUCGAUUGUGGGUGAUGGCUCAGAAAAGAUGGCCCGUAAUGAUGAUUAUGCAUCAAAUGCAUAGCCCGCUUUCUGGGUCCUUGGUCCUUCUACAACAUUGGGAGAAUACCAAUUGCUGCUGCUUCUUUGGGUAGGAUUUGAUGUUCGUUGGGGUCUGGGCAUUCCAGUUCAUGGAGUCUCUCAUUUCUCCUAUAAAAUUAUCCAGUUGCAGACAGGUCAUGUGGCCUGAGUUUGUGGCUAGCAAGAUCCUGAGGAAUAUGUUGGGUAGCAACAACUUGGUUGUAGACCUUCCAAAUUCCACAGAGACCAUGUUAGAGCUAGAAGAAACUUCUAGCUCUUCGGUUCCACCUUCGCUCAUCAGUUCCAAGAAAUACAUCACUGAUGAUCAGGAUAAACACAAAUAUUUUAACAGGAUCUUUGUUGGCACAUGGAAUGUUGGAGGCAUUGCACCACCUGAUGAUUUGAACAUGGAAGAUUGGUUAUGCACACGGACUGAACCUGCUGAUAUCUAUGUUCUUGGGUUCCAAGAAGUCGUGCCUCUCAGUGCUGGAAACGUUGUUCCAGGUUUUGAAAACAGCAAGAUUUGCACCAAAUGGAAUUCUCUUAUCAGAGAAGCUCUGAACAAUAGUACUUCGAAACCUGUUCACGAAGAUAAGGUAGGAGAGUUUCAAAAGGUGCUCCCCGUGAAGAAAAAUAGGAGUAGUAAUUCUCUCGGCAAAAGCAGCAAUAUUUUUCCUCACUGCUUUGAUUGUAUCAUAAGUAAGCAAAUGGUUGGAAUUUUUAUCACUAUUUGGGUUCGAGGUGAUCUCCUUCCAUACAUACAACAAGCUAGUGUCUCAUGUGUAGGCUGUGGCAUCAUGGGCUGCCUAGGCAACAAGGGAUCUGUCUCAGUUAGGUUUUGCUUGCAUGAAACAAGCUUAUGUUUUGUGUGUAGUCAUCUGGCUUCUGGAGGGAAAGAAGGAGAUGAAAAGAGUAGAAAUGCCGACGCUACGGAAAUCUUGUCACGCACAAGAUUUUCUCGUGGCCCCUUGCGCAAUUUGCCACGCAAGAUUCUUGAUCACGAUCAGGUAAUCUGGCUUGGAGAUUUGAACUACAGGAUAUACCUGCCUGAUACUAAAACAAGAUAUUUAGUACAGAAAAAAGAGUGGAACAUCAUGUUAGAAAAGGAUCAGCUUAAGGCCGAGCUCAUGGAAGGUCAUGUAUUCCAAGGUUGGAAUGAAGGAAAAAUUGAAUUUGCACCUACUUACAAGUACUAUCAGAAUUCACAAGUCUACUAUGGCUGUGAUCAGAAGAGGAAGGGUGAAAAGAAUCGUGCUCCUGCAUGAGAGGUGUUUUUGCAGGUGCGAUCGAAUAAUUUGGUUUGGAAAGGGACUGAAGCAGAAACAAUACAGCAGAGGUGAAUCUAGAUUGUCUGACCAUAGACCUGUCCGGGCAAUCUUCACAGCAGAAAUCGAAGUCUUAAGUAAUUCCAGGAGAUUAGGAAGCUCUUUUCCAGGCAGAUUCGAUUGCUUAAGAAACCAUUUUGAAGCAUGUAAUGACAGAACAAGCUUCUAUUUACAAGAAUAAUUGCAGUAACUUUCCAUAUGCUGUGUGAAUCAUGCAGAAGAAACUAUGAAUAGAGCAUAUUACAUUAUGAUGGCUCCAUGGUACGCGCAUGCAUACUAUCAAACAGUGUAUCAGUGCAUAUGUAAGAUCAAGAGAUUCGAUCCACCGAUCAUGACGUCCACAAUGACAUCCAAGAAACCAAAAUCGUCAUGUAGUGAGCAAUAUUCAUACACCAUUCUGUAACACGUAACUGAAAGGGAAAUCAUUUAUAAGGUCCGUCUUAUGAUAGUGUCAUGAUAGCAAGGAGAAAAAAGGUAGCUCUAGCAGUAAAAAAAUAGCAGAAGUAGCAGCAGUGGUUAAUUCAACAUGUGUUCGUAGUGGCAGUAGUUAAUUCAGCGUGUGUUUGCUAAUAAUCCCAUGUUUUUGUAUUUGCAGAA